GGAAACCAAGACACCAGGGGAGCCUAUAUCUGUAUCAUCUCCAUCCUCAACAUCUUCAGUUUCAGAAUUUCUCCAUUCAAUCUGCGGUCCAGACAGGAGUAUGUCCUGGCCCCUGUGCCGUCCAUGCCGCUGAUCCAGGCAGUCAGCAUGAUCUCACACUAUCCUCUUGCCACCCUUCUGCCCUGGCCUACUGCUCCCUACAAUACCUGUCCCGACCUGGACUGCACCUUGCUGCUGGAGGGGGAGGGUGGCGUCUACCUGCAGAGGUACCAGCCUCGCUCCCCAGAGAGCAGCCCUCGCCACUGGAGCUCAGUGCAGGACUGGGAGGAAGUCGAGGAAGGAGCCAUUUACAAUGUGACGUUGAAGCGGGUGCAGAUCCAGCAAGCUGCCAACAAGGGAGCAAGAUGGCUCGGGGCAGAGGGCGACCGUCUGCCUCCAGGCCACACAGUGAGCCAGCUGGAGACCUGCAAAAUCCGAAGCAUCCGUGCUGGAACACUGGAGCGUCUGGUGGAGACGUUACUGACAGCAUUCGGAGACAACGACCUCACCUACACCUCCAUCUUCCUGUCCACCUACAGAGCCUUCGCCAGCACGCAGACUGUGCUGCAGCUGCUGCUAGACAGGUAUGGAAGUGUGGAAGAAAAUGAGCAAGACUCAGGAAGACGCCAAGGCUCUGAGACCAAGGGAGCCAUCAGGAAUGCCUUAGCCUCCAUCCUGCGCGCCUGGCUGGACCAGUGUCCUGAAGAUUUCCAGGAGCCUCCUGACUACCACUGCCUCCACAGGCUGAUGGACUACCUGCGCAGGACUCUGCCCGGCUCAGAGGCUCUCAGACGGGCGGAGGGUCUCCUAGAGCAGCUGCAAAGUCAGGCUAACAUGGAUGAAACUGAUGCUGGUUUUCAAGGGAACAGCUCCUUCUGCCUAGGGGAGGAGGAGGAAGUUGAGAUUGAGCUCCAAGAGGACUUCCUGUCUUUUGAUGCAGACCUGGUGGCAGAGCAGUUGACCUACAUGGAUGCACUUCUGUUUAAAAAGGUGGUACCGCACCACUGCCUGGGCUCCAUCUGGUCCCAGAGGGAUAAGAAGAACAACAAGCACAGUGCCCCGACAAUUCGUGCCACCAUCACACAGUUCAACGCUGUGGCAGCCUGCGUGGUCAGCACAGUGCUGAAGCACAGACAGAUUAGACCACACGUCAGAGCGCGGGUCAUUCAGUGCUGGAUAGACAUCGCUCAGGAGUGUCGAAUUCGCAAAAACUUCUCCUCUCUGAGAGCCAUUGUGUCAGCCCUGCAGUCCAACCCUCUGUACAGGCUGAAAAGGGCCUGGGCCUGUGUGCACAAAGACAGCAUGCAGACAUUUGAAGAACUGUCGGACAUUUUCUCUGACCACAACAACUACCUGACCAGCAGAGAGCUGCUCAUGAGGGAAGGCACUUCAAAGUUUGCCAGUCUGGAGAGUUGUGCCAAAGAGCACCAGAAACGCACACACAAGAGACUCCAGCUGCAGAAGGAAAUGGGCGCAAUGCAAGGAACGAUACCAUACUUGGGGACUUUUCUAACAGACCUGACCAUGUUGGACACAGCUCUGCCUGACCUGGUGGAGGGUGGUCUGAUCAACUUUGAGAAGAGACGCAGGGAGUUUGAGGUGAUCGCUCAGAUCAAGCUGCUCCAGUCAGCCUGCAACAGCUACUGUUUGUCUCCAGAACCAGCAUUUCUGCGCUGGUUUAAGAGCCAGUCUCAGCUCAGCGAAGAGGAGAGCUAUGCUUUAUCCUGUGAGAUUGAAGGUCUCGGUGACAGCAGCCCAACCUCACCCAAACCUCGGAAAAGCAUGGUGAAGAGACUCAGUCUUCUGUUUCUUGGAACUGACAGCAGUGCAGCCAGUUCUCCAGUCAGGGAGACGCCACGGUCGCCCCCUACUGGCAGCUCAGGGGAGAGCAUGGACUCUGUCAGCGUGUCCUCCAGUGACUCCAGCAGCCCGUCUGACAAUGAGGGGCUCACCCCAACACACAGCUCCGACUCCCAGCACAACAAGCUAUCAGAAUCCUCCUCGUGUACUUCACUCCACUCCAUGGACACCAGCUCAUCCACAGCCAGUGUCUCCACGACCUCUGCAUCUCCCUCACACCCUGGACCCCCCUGCACCCACAGGCGCUCCAUCUCCCUCACAGCUAUGUCACCCGGCUCUCCAAGCCAGAUGCUGGCUUAUAACACUCAGGCUCAGGACGCGUGCAUCAUCAGAGUCAGUCUGGAGCAGGGCAAUGGGAAUCUCUACAAGAGCAUACUGUUAACCAAUCAAGACAAGACUCCAGCCGUCAUUUCAAGAGCCAUGGCGAAGCACAACCUGGAGGCAGAGCCUGAGGAGGGAUAUGAGCUGGUACAAGUCAUCUCUGAUGACAAAGAGCUUGUGAUCCCAGACAACGCUAACGUCUUUUACGCCAUGAACACCUCAGCUAACUUCGACUUCCUGCUGCGAGUGAGGGGCUCAGCGGGUCGGACAGUUCAGCUCAGAAGCCGGUGUUGCUCCACGCUCCCUCGCGUGCAGCAUCGUGCCAGCCUGUCACUCAGACUCAGCAAAGUCACACUGUGACCCUGAAUCGCAGGGACCCACUGUUUGCCCUUACACCACUAACCCAGGACAAUACAGGGCGUGGACUGGAUGGGUUGUAGGAGGAAGAGGAUGAAUGAGGAGCUCUUGUGGAUGCUGAAAGAUUUGGAUGAGUUGACAGACUCUUGAAGAGCUCAUCCUGGACUGUGCCAUCCCCUCUUCUCCUCUUCCGCUCUUUAUUUUGCCUUAACUUUAAACAAGGACAUGUAGCGUGACUGCUGUGCCAGUGGGACUCAACUUUUGACUAGUGAUACCUGUUACGGAGUGAGACAGCGACCCCUUGUGGCCUCAGCUCUUAACAACAACAGGUUUUUUGCACAUGUUCCGGGAGCGGCCAAACUCCUGACCUCCGACAGUAUUCUGAAAUUAAAUGAACUUAAUCUUUUGUCCUGUGAUGUCUAUGUAGCUGAAUAUUUGACUUUUCUGGUAACAGAAGUGUGAUGAAUGCAGAAAGAGAAGAUUAAUGGAAGGAAGAUUGGACCGGACAUUAAGUCCUGUUGCCUUUAUCCAUGAAUAAGUGGACCUCUGACAGUAUUCUGGAUGAUGUUAAUUCAUUGAUUGACAGGAGCUGUGAUCUUAUUAUAUUCCCUAGUCGGACACAUUUAGUGGUGUUCAAACCCCUCUCAUAUUGUGAGCUGUGUGACGAAUGCUGCGUGCAUUCUGAUUGGUUCUUUAACUUGGUUUUAACAAGUCCUUGUCAAAGUUUAAAACAGCCUUACUGACCCUGUCUUAAGGGUGCAAAGAUGACUUUUAUGCUGCUCUCUGCUCCAGGGAAAAAAACCCUCCUUUACAUCCUUGCAUUUUAAGCAUGCUUAAGAAAAAAGAAGUGAAUAGAUGUAGAAGACGAGAGAAGAAGAGGGAGUGAUUUCCUGGAAAAGAAAACACCAUAAAAAUGUCUCAUACUGACACAUACUUGUACCUCUUUGCCCUUCAUUAUAUGAACUGUAGAGUUGCACUUGUCAGUUGGUAGCAGAUGCCAAUGGGAUGUGAAUACAAAAGAUUGAGCCAGCCGCUCCCUCUUCACUUUAAUGAAUUAUUAUUCUUAUUUGUGUUUGUAAUUGUUGCCUUUUUUUAUAUGUUUUUGUAACACAAUUCAGGCCAGAAAAUGUGUGCCAGACUGGAGAGCGAUGAAGGACUUUUUAAAAGUAAAUGUUAAUGAAUUCAUGGAGUUUCAUUUAAAAAAAAAAAAAGCCAGUGCCAGAUUUAAACUGUGAUACAUUUCAAAACUCAGUUGAGGGACCCUUCACUUCAUCACACACAAAAACCAAGCAGCUCUUCACACAGCCAGCAGCCGUCUGUUUCUCUCACAGGCUCACUCGUCAUCCCCAGCUUCAUCAUCGUUUCACAGCAACAUCAGCGACACUUAUCACCUGUCACAUAACAACAGAGAAACUCUCGCAGACUUUUUUUAUUUCCUCUCCUGCAGAUCUUUCAGUGCCAUACUUAAUGUGCCAUUAUGAAACUUUUGUGUAACCAGUUAAUGUCCCGCUGCCAGUGUGAUAAUCCUCCAGAGAGAGCUAGCUCACUUAUCAUAAUAACUCAUUUGGUCUAAUCAUUUGUCUCCAUGCAGCACUUCACUUUAAAUGUUCUCAUGAAAUCACCCUCAGUCCCUGUUCUUCACUGCCAAAGACUCUUGCUCUACCUGAAUAAAUAAAUUAUUAUCAUUAUAAUGA